CAGAGAGAGAGAGAGAGAGAGAGAGAGAGAGAGAGAGAGCCUGCAUAGAGAUGCACACGGAGGGAAAAGAAUGGGAGAGAGAGCUUUUAAGGGAUUUGGCAGUGAUUUGUAGAAUCUCACUGCUGUAAUGUCUUUCCUCGCUUUUCUCUAACUCUCAAUCAUAUGGCACCCUGAAGCCUGAAAGUCAGUGUUUUCAUUUUAUGAAUAACAACUACUUUUUUUCGACCAGCGUUUAUAGUUUGUCGUGCUUAUUUCGGAGAGUGCGCGGCGGCGGUCUGAGAUGACAGAGGAUUUACCUUUUGGUGAGGAGAGAAGAGCCUUGCCUCUACAAAUUUAAUCCCAUUGUGGAACGUGGAUGGAGGCCUGUUUGGAAGCACUCAUGUGAUGGAUAAAAUCCAGGCUGGUCAAUGAAGAAUGGGCAGGUGUUACAGGUAGAGGGAGUGGCCUCGUGCUGUCAGUACCUCUGCUGGUCCUCAUCAUGACAUCAGAGGUCCACUCAUCCCAUCGGUGCUGCUCGCUCACUUUGGCCUUCAGACGCCAAACAUGGCUUCGGCUGACGUGGGCGCUGCUGGUGAGUACCGGCCCGGGCUCAUGGGCCCAGCAGGGCUCCCAGCCGCAGUCCAUCAAAAUCGAGGGGGACAUCACCUUGGGCGGGCUGUUCCCCAUGCAUUCUCGGGGCGCUGCUGGCGUGCCCUGCGGGGAGAUCAAGAGAGAAAAGGGGAUCCAUCGAUUGGAGGCCAUGCUGUACGCCAUGGACCAGAUCAACAGCGACCCGGACCUGCUGCCUAACAUCACUCUGGGGGCCCGGAUCCUGGACACCUGCUCCAGGGACACCUACGCUCUGGAGCAGUCGCUCCUCUUUGUCCAGGCCCUCAUCCAGAAGGACACGUCGGAUGUGCGCUGCUCAAACGGAGAGCCUCCCAUCAUCCCCAAACCAGAACGCGUGGUCGGCGUGAUUGGGGCGUCCGGCAGCUCUGUGUCCAUCAUGGUGGCCAAUGUGCUCCGAUUGUUUUCGAUCCCCCAGAUCAGCUAUGCCUCCACUGCCCCGGAGCUAAGCGACAAGAGCCGCUACGAGUUCUUCUCCCGCGUGGUGCCGCCUGACUCCUACCAGGCCCAGGCAAUGGUGGACAUAGUCAAAGCCAUGGGCUGGAACUACGUCUCCACGCUGGCCUCCGAGGGCAACUACGGAGAGAGCGGCGUCGAUGCCUUCCUCCAGAUAUCCAGAGAAGCAGGUGGGCUGUGUAUUGCCCAGUCCAUAAAAAUUCCAAGAGAGCCCAGACCAAACGAGUUCGAGAAGAUCAUCAAGAGACUGAUGGAGACCUCCAAUGCUCGGGGGGUCAUCAUCUUUGCCAACGAGGACGACAUCAAACGGGUGUUGCAGUCUGCCAAAAAGGCCAAUCUGACAGGACACUUCCUGUUUGUCGGCUCCGACAGUUGGGGUGCCAAAAGCUCCCCCAUCCAGGACCAGGAGGAUGUGGCUGAGGGUGCUGUCACCAUUCUGCCCAAAAGAGCCUCUAUUGACGGGUUUGACCAGUACUUCACUUCAAGAUCUCUGGAAAACAACAGAAGAAACAUCUGGUUUGCGGAAUUCUGGGAAGACGACUUCAAGUGCAAACUGACACGCCCGGGCAUAAAGUAUGAACUUGGUAGAAGAAAAUGUACAGGCGAGGAGAGAAUCGGUCACCACUCUCAGUAUGAACAAGAGGGCAAGGUGCAGUUUGUGAUCGAUGCGGUGUACGCCAUGGCCCACGCAUUACACAGCAUGCACCUGGACCUGUGCCCUGGCUACAUGGGUGUCUGCGAGAAAAUGGACCCUGUGGAAGGACAGAUGCUGCUGCAGUACAUUCGUGCGGUCAGCUUCAAUGGCAGCGCAGGAACUGGGGUGAUGUUCAAUGAGAAUGGAGACGCUCCUGGUCGUUACGACAUCUUCCAGUACCAACUGUCUAACGUCAGCAGCCCCGGCUACAAGGUCAUCGGACAGUGGACGAACCACCUUCGCCUCAAUGCGGACGAGAUGCAAUGGUCAGGAGGACACCGUAGGAUCCCUGACUCGGUGUGCAGUUUCCCUUGCGAGUCUGGAGAGAGGAAGAAGAUGGUAAAGGGAGUUCCCUGCUGCUGGCACUGCGAGCUCUGCGAUGGCUACCAGUACCUGCUGGAUGAGUUCACCUGUGACAUGUGUCCCUUCGACAUGAGGCCCUUGAAGAACCGCACGGGCUGCCGGCCGACGCCCAUCAUCAAGCUGGAGUGGAGCUCCCCCUGGGCCAUCAUCCCCGUCUUCCUGGCCAUCCUGGGCAUCCUGGCCACCACCGGGGUCAUCGUCACCUUCAUCCGCUUCAACGACACGCCCAUCGUUCGGGCCUCUGGCAGAGAGCUCAGCUACGUGCUGCUGACAGGCAUCUUCCUCAUCUACCUCAUCACCUUCCUCAUGAUAGCCGAGCCCAGCACGGCCGUGUGCGCCUUCCGCAGGCUGCUGCUGGGGCUCGGGAUGUGCAUCAGCUACUCCGCCAUGCUCACCAAGACCAACCGGAUCUACCGCAUCUUCGAACAGGGCAAGAAGUCGGUCACGCCCCCCAAAUUCAUCAGUCCAACCUCCCAGCUGAUUAUCACCUUUAUACUCAUCUCGGUGCAGUUACUCGGUGUGUUCAUCUGGUUUGGUGUGAUGCCCCCCCACACCAUCAUCGACUAUGAGGAGCAGAAGCCUCCCAACCCAGAGUUCGCCCGCGGAGUUCUCAAGUGUGACAUGUCCGACCUGUCCCUCAUCUUGUGUUUGAGCUACGCUAUUGUACUGAUGAUCACCUGCACCGUGUACGCCAUCAAGAGCAGAGGCGUUCCCGAGACCUUCAACGAGGCCAAACCCAUCGGCUUCACCAUGUACACCACGUGCAUUGUGUGGCUGGCCUUUGUUCCCAUCUUCUUUGGCACAGCUCAAUCUACGGAGAAGAUGUUCAUCCAGACCACCACCCUGACGGUGUCCAUGAGCCUGAGCGCCACCGUGUCCCUGGGCAUGCUCUACAUCCCCAAGGCCUACGUCAUCAUCUGCCACCCGGAGCAGAACGUCCAGAAGAGGAAGCGCAGCUUCAAAGCUGUGGUGCAGGCGGCUACCGUGUCCACGCACCUGUCCCAGAAGUCCAACGAUAAAACCAACGGGGAGUCCAAGAUCGUUCCGGACAGAUCCCAGUGAGGGGGUUUUAUUCUCGUGUCAAAGGCCAAACUGAGACGGCUUAAAAUGGACUGCUCUUUAGCACACUGAAACAAGAGCUGGAAGGACCUUCACAUUACCACAUACAUGUGAACGUCACAAGGAGGUGUUACUUUUAACUUUCCCUGGGAUAGUUGUUAACAGCAACCUUUGCCCCAGGAGUAGAUGUGCAAUGAUGUGGAACCCCUCGGGGUUAAUGAAGGGUGGUCUACUGGCUCUACAAGCACUGCAUGGAUUGUUUUUAUGUGUAGAAGAAUGUUUUGAAUUGACAUAUCAUUUGUAUGGGGAUGUUGUGAUUAUUUCUGCUGGUUGCACUGGAAGGAACCAUAUCCCGUUAUUAUUUCUGAUAGAAAUCCCCCCUGGGGAGGUAUAAUGAAUCACUUUUCUAUAAUCACUCCUAGCAGUAAUACAAUGUCCAAUCACUAAUGCAUCACUGUGUUAAAGUGUUUCACUUUGAUUAGUGCUGUGUAUGCAAUUAUAAAGGUAAACGCCAGUUUUCAUCUGUAAAUUCAUGAGUGCAAACAGGAUACAAAUGAUUAUGAGCAGGAUGCUGCUCUACGUGGUACUUUUACACCACGUAAAAAAAAACAUUUCCCCAUAUUGUUUGUCAAAAUACAAUCAAUCUUGUUCAUGCAUUGGAACCCUGUCAAAGAGCUUCCCGUCAUCGGUUGCUUUCAAUUUUGAGCCACUAAAGUCCCUUUUGCAGUGUACUUUUUGUUACUUGAUCUGUGCACAACUCAGGUUUUACUGAUGUCUUUUCAAACGACCUUUCCCUUGACGGGUUUCCUGCUCUCGUGGAACAGUCCAGGCCUGAGAUUCAUGUUUGCAUGAAAACACAGCGUGUACUGCCCUCUGCAGGGCCACACACCUCAGUGAAAUGUUUGUGGAUGAAAGCACAGUCUAGAGGGAAUAGUUUGUAGACCCCACACAACCAUUAAUAAAAAAAAAAUGUUUAUUAUCGAA